CCUCCCUGGGAUGACGUUCCUCCAGCCCUGGGGUUCCGCAGCCGGUCUAUCAGCUAUCUGCCUCCUCGUCCCUCCCUGCCCGGGCCGAAAGGACGACGGCGCCUCCCGGAGUUUCCUGUCCCUCGGGUUCUCUCCAGUUCGCGGCCGGCCGGGCUGCAGCCCGGGUAAUUGGGGGGGCAGGCUCCCUCCCCACUUAGAACGAUGCUGGGCAGCAGAAGGGAGCCAGGUCGGAGUCCUGGGUAGCAGGAGAAGCAGGGAAGAGGGUCUGGAGAAGGCAGGCUCCAGACGGCAGGAGGAGCGAUGGAGCCGGGGCCCGUGGACGCCUGGGACCCUUACCGCCGCCCGGCUCGCCGUACGCAGUGGCUGGUCAGCGCUCUGGCCCAUCACUACCGGCUAGACCGAGGCGUGGAAAACGAGAUCGUGGUGCUGGCCACCGGGCUAGACCAGUACCUGCAGGAGGUCUUCCACCACCUGGACUGCAAAGGAGACGGCCGCCUGCCCGGGGAGGACUUUCGCGUGCUGUGCAGGGUGCUGGGGCUACGGCCUGGGACUGGUCUAGGCGCUGAAGAGGGAUGCAGUGAGGAAGAGGAAGACGAAGAGGAGCGCGCCGCGCUCUGGGACGACCUGGCCCCGGAGCUCACCUUCCGCCAAUUCCACGCCCGCCUCUGUGGCUACUUCAGCACCCGAGCCGGGGCACGGGAAGGUCCCGAGGGGAGCCGGCUGCCGGUGGGGCCCGAGAGUGAGCACAUCGAGACCCAGAUCCGGCUGCGCAGUCCCCUGCGCCGGCGCCGGGAGCGGCCCGGGGCGUCUGCUGUCCCGCCUGCGUCCGGGCGCACAAGGAGCUCCCCUCCCGCCACAGCAGUCGCCUGCACCGGCUCUGCGGGCUGCUCGCGGGAGUGCUACGAGGAGGUAGUGGCCCUGGAGCAGGCGGAGGACCGGGUUGCCAAGCUGGAGGAGGAGAAUGCCAGCCUUCGGGAGCUGGUGGAGGACAUGAGAGCCGCCCUCCAGAGCAGCGACGCCCGCUGUCUGGCACUGCAGGUGGGACUCUGGAAGAGCCACGCCAGUCACAAGCAAGAUGGCAGCUGCUUUCCUGGGCCCAGGAUGCUAUCAGGCCAUGGGACCCCCCAGCCCACCAAAGACCUACAGAGCAUGCUAAAGGAAGUGGAGCUGAUCCGGAGCUCCAGGGACGGUCAGAUCGAAGAGGCAAUUCAAGUGAAUCAGGAAUUGGCCAAGGAGUUGAGGCAGUGCCAGGAGGCCCUGGUGGCCUCUGAGGACUGCAACCGCCACCUCAAGAAGGAGCAGGCAGAAAUGAGGAAGAAAGUGGAGGAGGCCAGGCAGGCAGUGCUGAGCGGCCUGGGGAAAGUGAGAGAGCUAGAAGCCCAAGCCACCCAAGUACUGCAUCUACAGAUGUGCGUCCAGCAGCUGGAAUUAGAGCUACAGUAUUACAGGUCAGAGAUCAGGAAACUACCAAGCCCGCUGAAUGAUCAGAAAAUGCCACAAGAAGAUGGUGAGUCAGAAACUGGAAGAGCUCCCUCCCCUGGGCAGCCAGACGGAAUCUCUUCCCCUGAAGGGGCAGCGGCUGCAGAAGAUGGCACAAGCUGCAGAUAUGCUGAAGAAGGAGGUGAGCAGCUGUUCCGCUCUGUGGAGGGUCAGGCAGCCUCGGAUGAAGAGGAGGAAAUGUGGCCGGGGGAGCAGCAGACCCAGGUGGCUGAAGUGAAAAAGCUACUGGCCCGCAUUUCGAGCUGUGGGAGCGGAUGUGAUGACAAAACAGCCAAGAAGCUAAUGUCUUACUUCGGCCACUUUGGCAGUGAUGAACACACCAGUGCCCUGGGGGAGCUGGGAGAGCAGAUUGUCACCCUGACGGAGCAGCUGGGUAACAUGGGGCAAGAUGUGAAGGUGCUCGACACCGGGGACCAGGAGGUGAAGGAGCCACUUCUCAGUGAAAUUCAGCAGAAGGCUGAGGAGAGUGAGCUGCUGAAGAUGGAGUUACAGAUGCUUGAGACAGAGCGAGUUCGGCUCUCCCUGGUAGAAGAAAAGCUGAUGGAUGUCCUUCAGCUUCUCCAGAGGCUUCGGGAUUUGAACAUAUCAAAAAGAGUCUUGGGGAAAAUGUUGCUGAACACCUUGGAAUCCUGUCAGGAUCCCCAACAUGAGAAGGCCCACACCUUCGAAGUCCUAGAUGCCUUGUACCGGACACUGGCUAGCUGCGAGCUCCUGCAGAAACAGCCUUUGGAGCAGGCCCAGGUACCCCAGGCUCUCGCCAACCAGCUCAUCAUCUCCUGUUGAGCAUCGGUGUCCUUUGCAGCUCUGAAGAAACCCCCGCCCCCAACCGGGCUCAAGAUCUGCAGCCGUCAGACUGUUAAAUACAAGUGGACACCUCUGCUGGACCCACCAAGUACAGAACCUCUGCCAAGGGACCCCUUGGACACUUGGCCCUGGGCCCUCCUAGGGUCUCCCAUUGCUGAUAAGACACCGCCCCCACCUCCCAUAUUAUACUAUGGAGGGCAAGGCUGGGCCCAGAGCUGGUCUGAGAGACUGAUGGAGCCCCACGAGUCAGAGCCAACACCUGCGUGUGGUCAAGGCUGCCCUAGUCAAGACCCUCCUGCCUUGGAGAGUGUAUUUCUCCCUUUGAUGAAAUGGUGCUUUUGGCCUUCAUCUUGACCAUUUUUCUUAUGGGCCUUUUCUAGCUUCCUAUUUAUGCUGAUAAAUCUCAGGCUAAACCUGUCAGAUUUUAUCUCAGAUUAAAGCGGUCAGCCCUUUCCUGACGUCCUGUACCUCCUGCAAUCCCUACAGUCCCUGGAGAGUGUGGCCUUCCUCCUGCCAUAAGAUUCCCUCUCUUCCCAGUCUGAGAUCCCCUCCCCUAAAACCAGGGAAACCAGGCAACCCUCCAGGCUUUAAUGAAACCCAGAUGCAUGCCCAGCACCACCCUAGGCACUGGAGGAGGAGGAGAGAACAAAAAAUAAAAAUAAAAAGAUGCCCCGGCCCACAAGAAGUUUACAAGCUGCUGGCAGCCCUGGCUUCCUAUGAAAUAACUGGGCUCGAUUAUUGGCCUCAGUUAAGGGCUCGACUGUGUUACCAGCAUCCAGGUGGAUUUCAAAGCAUUAGUGUGGACUGGAGUAGUCAUGGAAGGCUCCAUGGAGGAGAUGGAAGGUGACUUGGCUUCAAAGGAUGGGUAGGAUUUAGCUAAACAAAGGCAGUAGUUUGAAUGGACUUAGGAAUGGCAUUGAAGGUUGAGAAAAUUAGCAUGGGAAAGGCAGGCAGAAACAGUAAGGAGUAUGAUGGGACCAUGAAGAGACCCGCCUGCCUGGUACAGAUUCAUAUAUUAAGAUAGAAAGAUGAGGACACAAUGGGGGUACUCAUAUAUAGAAGGCCUUGAAUGCCAAGCAAAAGAGUUUAAACUUUAUGAAUAGGAAGUAGGGAGUUACGGCAGAUUCUUGAGCGGGGGAAUGUCAUGCUGAAAACAGUUUCAGGACAAUUCAUAUGUUGGCACCAUGAUAGACCCCAGAGCACACCAAUAAUCCAAGAGGAAUGCUCUCUCAACCAAAAGUAACUCCCCUGUAGCCUUUUCAGGAAAGACGCUCCCUGUCUUUCUUGGGGUGGGAAGGGAAGGUGCCAAAAGCCAGAGCAACAGGUAUGCUGUGUGGAGAGCUGAGAGCUGUUCUUGUCCAAGCCAUGCCUGAAGAGCUCCAAAUUCCCAGAAGAAGAUGGUAAAAGAGGACUAAAAGUCAGGAGACCUGAGUGCGAAUCCUGGAGCUACUAACAUACUACGUAGUGAAUACUUACUGAGCUUCUCUGUGUCCCUGCUCAGUGACAGAGAAGUCCAGUCAAGUCAAAUGGGCCCUGCCCUCUAGGACCUUCUAGUCUAGUUAGGGGGGCAAGAUACCUACACAUAAGUUAAAUAUCAAUAUAGUACAGCUUAGGCUAAUGAGGCAGUAUAGACGAGAAGGGCAGGAGGAGAGAAAGCUCAGUGUGGGCUGAAGAGAUCAGGGAAGGUUUCCUGGAGGAGGCAACACAGCUUGAACUUGGUUCUUUUUUAAAAUUCUAUUUUCUUCUUACUAGCUGUGUGACCCUGGGCAAGUCACUUAACCCCA